CCAGGUAGCAGUUCCUAGUUAACACCAGGGGAGGCAGUGUUGGUUGGAAAUGUGCCUGUAAAGUAAGAAGAAGAAGUAGAAGAACAACAUCAUGGGGGCCGUUACUGAUGAUGAAGUUAUAAGAAAGCGUCUUCUCAUUGACGGCGACGGAGCUGGAGAUGACCGCAGAAUCAACCUGCUGUUAAAAAGCUUUACCAAAUGGUGCCACUCUCCUGGGAUCCCAGAGGAAGGAUUUACACAGUAUCAGAGGAUGCUGGGCACUCUGGCUCAGUGCGAGUUUUCCAUGGGGAAGACGUUGAUGGUUUACGACAUGAACCUUCGGGAGAUGGAGAAUUACGAGAAGAUUUACUCAAACAUAGAACAAAGCAUCACAUCUGCUCAUGACAAGAUUGCAGAAUGCAAGAAAGAAAUACAGAGGGCGAAGAGAAUACGAAAAAAUCGGCAAGAAUAUGAUGCUUUAGCAAAGGUAAUCCAGCAGCAUCCGGACCGGCACGAAACCCUCAAGCAGCUGGAGGCAUUAGACAAAGAACUCCAGCAACUGUCUCACAUUAAGGAGAAUGUGGAUGCGAAGUUGGAGUUGAGGAAGAAGCAGUUCCACGUUCUUCUCACCACCAUCCAGGAGCUACAGCAGACACUUGAGAAUGACGAGAAGUCAGACAAUGAUGACCACAGUCAGGGGAGCCCUGCAGAGAAUGGAGAAUGAAUACGCACAGAGCCUGGCUGAAAUGGAUCUAGAUUUUAAGCAGAACUGGCUUUAAGAGUCCUUUUUUUUGUAUGUUCUUUGGAAUAAAGUUGACUUGUCUGUA